CCAGAUCUCAUCGUGCAGGCCAAGUCUGGCACUGGCAAAACCUGCGUGUUCUCCACUAUCGCCCUGGACGCGGUGCUGCUGGAGAGUCCCGCCACGCAGAUUCUGAUCUUGGCUCCCACGCGUGAGAUUGCUGUGCAGAUUCAUGCUGUCAUCACAACGAUUGGAAUAAAAAUGGAUGGCUUGGAAUGCCACGUGUUCAUUGGAGGGACUCCUCUGAACCAGGACAAAAUCAGGCUAAAGAAGUGCCACAUAGCAGUUGGCUCCCCAGGUCGAAUAAAACAGCUCAUAGAGUUGGACUACUUGAAUACGGCCAGUAUCCGGCUUUUCAUUCUUGAUGAAGCAGACAAGCUUCUAGAAGAAGGCAGCUUUCAGGAACAAAUCAAUUGGAUUUACUCUUCGCUACCAACCAAUAAACAGAUGCUUGCUGUUUCAGCUACUUACCCUGAAUCCUUAGCUAAUGCUUUGACCCGAUACAUGAGAGAGCCAACAUUUGUGAGGUUGAACCCCACUGAUCCAAGUCUCAUUGGUCUGAAGCAGUAUUACAAAAUCGUGAAUUGCCAUCCGCUGCCCCAUAAAACAUUUGAGGAGAAAACCCAGCACCUACAGGAGCUGUUCAGCAAGAUUCCAUUUAAUCAAGCCUUAGUCUUCUCAAACUUGCAUAGCAGGGCGCAACAUCUAGCUGAAAUACUGACAGCCAGGGGCUUUACUGCUGAGUGCAUUUCGGGGAACAUGAAUCAAAAUCAACGACUUGACGCUAUGGCUAAAUUAAAGCAGUUCCACUGCAGAGUUCUCAUCUCCACAGACUUGACAUCUCGUGGAAUCGAUGCUGAAAAAGUGAACCUGGUUAUCAACCUGGACGUGCCGGUAGACUGGGAAACGUACAUGCACCGCAUCGGCAGAGCUGGGCGCUUUGGAACUCUAGGCUUAUCUGUGACAUACUGCUGCCGCGGAGAGGAAGAAAACACAAUGAUGAAAAUUGCUCAGAAAUGUAAUCUUCAGCUUCUUCCUCUACCAGAGCCCAUACCUCCUGGAAUGAUGGUUCAGUUUGAAGGUGGGGAGGUAGAAGUCAAACCAGUUACACAUAAAGGUGCUUCGGUGAAUUCUGACACCGUGUGUCUUAGACCAGAGCAGCCAGCACUACAGCCUGUCCAGAACAGUUUUGCAGAGGUACCACGGGCUCAUACUAAUCUUCCAGGUGAUAAUUCCUCUGUGGAAAGGCCAAAAAAGGCUCUGAAGCAAAAGCAGAGGAAGUGCACGAGUUCUGCAAAUACAGAAGAAGGUAGUAGAAACCGCCAAACUUCCAAUUGCCACAAAGAACAGAGGAGUAGAGUCAAAACUGUCUCCAGAUCUGAUGAACAGCAUAACACUCCAUCUCCAGAUGAGGAGGCCUUAAAAAAAAAUCUUCCCAGGAUUCCAUGCUUGUCAUCUUUCAAAACCUAUCAGAACAAUCCCUGGAGCUUCUCAGAGUUUGUUGAAGACUAUGAGUAUUUCAUUAAAGAAGGGCUGGAGAGAGAGGUGGAAGUUUUCAGAAGCUAUUCAGGCCCAGAUGACGACCGUGAGCUGCCCAGAAAUGGUGAUGUAGCAUGGAAGGAGGUGGAACAUAAUCCAGAGGUGGUAGCAAACAGUGGUGUGUCUGGUGAGAGCGAUGGGCCGUACAGUUCCAGGGCUUCCUCCAGCAGCAGGGAGAACAACUCUUGCUUUGAGGCAUUUUCAGAUACGCAGGAGGAUGCCGUUCCCACAGUGUGCCAAGGUUACGCAGGCUCCUGUCCCACACCAGAGAAGCCUCAGGAGCUGGCACAAGCCCCCAAGCAAAAUCCAGUGAAAAAGAAAGUUCAGAAACAGAAUGCUAACCAAAAGAAAAGCUGUUACCAUCAAUUCCCUGGUCCUUCCACCAGAAAAACUGAAGACGACUGCUCCUGCAGCUCUUGGGGUGAUGGUGUUCCGGAUGAGGCUCUGAGUUUCAAAAACUACUGGGAAUCUUACUGCCAAGCAUGGCACAGCUACUACACAGCCGUGUCGCGCUAUCAGAAGAGGUGCAGACAGUUGGACUGGCUGAACGCCUACCACGCCAACUCCGUCUACCUUCAGGAGCUGCUGAAAAGCAGUGAUUGA